CGCCCGUGAGCCCGCCACAUCGCAUGUGGCCGCCGCCGCCGACGCUCAUGCAUAAACAUAGACAAUAGUUUGUUUUUUUUUCUAAUCGGUUUUCCCUCGAGCAAAGACCCCCAAGAUGAUGCCAAAGAUGAAGCAGUCGACGAGGUGUGUGAAGAGGAUAGCUGUGGACAUCCUGAUGAUUUCUGCAUUGAUAACCCUCCUGGUGGGCAUCACCCGGCUGUGGAGGCCGUUCGAGCGAGGGUUCUUCUGCGGAGACCAGAGCCUCAUGUACCCUUACCACGAGGACACCGUCUCCGUGUUCAUGUUGAGGGUCAUUACCGUGGCCGUGCCGUGCGUUGUUUUCGUAAUCUACGAGUACGCCUACCUCCGCACGGCAACGUCCCUCGACGUGCAGUUCCUGCGCGUGACGGUGCCGGCGUGGCUGCGCGGCCUGUACUGCGCGCUGGCGUCCUACGCGCUCGGAUACCUGUUCGUGGAGAUUACUGCUAACAUGGCCAAGAACGUCAUUGGACGUCCGAGGCCUAACUUCUUUGAUGUGUGCAAGCCCUCCAUAGACUGCGACGCUCCCGAAUGGCAGAACCGCUACAUCCAGUCCUCAGACUACCACUGCACGGGGCAGGGCUCGGCGCACCUGCUUCAGGACACCAGGAAGUCGUUCCUGAGCGGACACUCCGCUAUCACCGCUUUUGCUAUGGUUUAUGUUGCUCUAUACCUCGAAAGCCGCAUGCAAUGGCGUGGUAUGCGCUUCCUCCGCCACACGCUCCAGUUCCUGGCCAUCAUGGCGAGCUGGUUCACGGCUCUGUCCAGGGUCACUGACUACAAGCACCACUGGAGCGACGUACUAGCUGGAUAUAGCAUGGGAUUCAUAGUCGCUGUUGUCACGUGGUUGUGGACAACAAACUUAAUCAGCCGAGACCAGAAGCAUGUUCCUCUGCCCCAACACGACGUAGUUCUGCCGGCCUGCCAGCAGAGUACGCCACCGGCGCCGCUGUACGAAGUAGCUAUCGGAAACAACCAACAGGUGGCAGCACCUACAACUCAAUAGUUUUUAUUUCACUGGCCAAAGAUUUUUACUUUCAAGCUUUUGAAUUCAAAAUUCAUUGUAAAAUAACUUUAAUAACUAGUCUAAAUUAAGCAUGUUGUAUCAACAUGGUUUUUGUAAAUAAUAUUAGAUUUAAUUUAGUAUUAAGACACUUUCUUGAGAAUUUAUAGCACCUAUUUAUUCCUAAUGUAGCCUAAAUAUCUCGAAUAAAUUGUAUUUUGAGAUGAAGAA